AACGGAACAAGUUUUGUGCUGUGAACUGAACUUUAAUGACGGUUAGUUGCUCGGUACUCCUGCAGUAGAAAAACUCGUGCAAAAAGUUCUUCUUUCGCUGCGUGCGACAGUUCGAUCGGGUGGAAUCUGAUAAUUGGAUAAGUGAUUUUCAAGGGCUCGGAAAUGAGUUCGGCGUAUUUGCAGUACAAUCCAUCGAUGAUGUACGGCGGCGGCCUGGACUCAUCUUAUAAUCACUACGGAAUGACAACCGGUGCGCCGUGUUACGGCUACGCAACUGAUGGAACAUCCUCGGAAGGCUAUCACAGUCCAGGUCCAGAGCCUAGUCCGGAAUCCUAUUACCCAACACCUGAAGAGUGUAGCGCGGUCGGGUUCAACUAUAGCUAUAAUGCAUCAAGCUCAUCAGUGAAUGGUUACGUUGAUCCGUAUUACAACUAUUCCGGGAGCAGUUUCAAAACGGCCAGCCCAACGAUACCGAAGCUAAUACCUGACAGUUACACUUCAUCCAAUAGCAGUGUUACAAGAUUCUCUCCCGAAUUUAAAACGGAUAAGGUGCCGUGUUUCGAUCGUCUCUACAACCCGUAUCCGAUUUUGUCGCGAAAUGGUCGCGGUUUGACAUCUACAGCUUUACAGUCGAGCUCACCUACUCCUAGUAUCCUGAGCACCAGUAGCAGUAGUGGAUCGACGCGUCCUGCCUCCAUUGGAUCAACCGGCGGGUGUCUUCAGCCGGAGAUUGUGAAAAAACGUCGCUUGGCGGCCAAUGCCCGUGAACGAAGAAGAAUGAACAGUCUUAAUGAUGCGUUCGAUCGCCUUCGGGACGUGGUACCUUCAUUGGGUAACGAUCGCAAACUAUCAAAAUUCGAGACACUGCAGAUGGCACAAACGUACAUCGCCGCACUAAAUGAACUGCUUUCGAGAAAUUAAGCGUUCUCUAUGCUUACGAAAAGUUAUUUAAGAGGUUGCUUAAGUUUCUUGCGGUAGUUCUGAGCGCUGAAAAUCUAUGAGUUUCACACCCGAAGGGCACACAACAAAUGAAAUCAUUAUAAUCAUUUCUCAUAGAGAAAUGUAAAUUAGAACCGCUCUCUACGUUACUAAACAAAGAUAGACUUGUUAUUUUAAAAAUUGCGAAAUAGUAAAGUUCGUUCUACUAUUUUCUAGCAGUAAUAGUUUAAAAUAUUACACAAGAGCUGUAAGGAUGCUUUAAAAUUCGGGUUUUCUAAUAUUGUUACACAUUUCUUGACCCUUCUGCCUGUUUUCUAGAGUUAUUUUGAAUGAAUCAAACUCAAUGCACGAGAAAUGUAACAUUGCUGCACCUACUGUAAAUACUUUCACUUCACAAUCAGACGUAAUACGUCCUCGUAUAUUUUUCGAUUGCUAGCAGACCAAUUAUUAGAUUUGUACUACUUAGUUAAGGUCACGUCUCAUCAUAAGUUUAAGAAAUCGUUUGAGUUUGCAGAGAUUAACCACUGUUGAAAGUUCCUCUUAAUUUUCGUCUACCUUGUACCGAGUAUUUACGCCAAACAAAAAAGGCGCCAAAACUAAACACAGCCUUAAAGUGCUGUGUUCGAUAAACAUGUAAAUAAUAUUUUAACGAACGCCCGGUGCAGCCUCCUCCCGACGUGUCUGACUUGGGCUACCGCACACUGAUGACGGCUGGGGCCCUGAAGUGACGAUUAUUGGCCAAUUAUCGAAUUACCCAGCGGUGGUAGCCUGGUCAGCCUCCCAAGUCGUGUGCGAGGCAGACUCCGGUAUGUUCGCGCGCGCUGCACAGGAAAAAUGUGGACUGAUUCGAUUAGGUUUAAAUUAUAUAUGAAGUGAAGCAUGGGGCAAAAAACAACCUAUUGACGCUUGUGUAUAGCGUCUUGUGUGUAGUAAAAGCCUAAAAAGUAGCAUCAAGAGAUGAAAGACUUGUACGUAAAUUGUAUCGCUUAAGGCAAACCCCUCGUAUUAUUAGGCAUUAUACAGUGAAGAGAAAAGUUUUGAAAUGAAAACAGGAUUAACG